UCGUCGGUGCUAAAAAUAAAUAAAUGGCCAUGAAGUCAGCGCUCUGAGGUUGUGAGAGUGUUAAAAAAGGAUUUCAUUGAGUGGUUGAUGACAUACCAGCUACUGUUUCUCGUUUAAAACGUUGGAAAAUGAACAGUUCGCACAGUGUACAAAAUCAAGUUUGUUAUAAAAUUUCUCGUUUUUGCUUUGAAGUUGAAUAGCUGUCUAUAUUUUGAGACAAAAGAUAAAAAAGCGGCCGAUAAAACUGUGACAGAGUUCGUGUGAAAGAUGGGAAAAUCGGAAGUCCAGUCUUUACCCAUCCACCGUCCCGAACCGAAAUUAUUUUUUAUCCCUAUAACGCCUUGCAAAACCAUGCAUCACAUCAAUAUCAUCAACGGCUUGAAAAAUCUGGAUUUGAAAGAAGAAUGCGAAGAUUCGGAUGAAGGAGACGAUCAUUCCAAAGGUAUUCCACAAGGUUACGAAACGUAUACGCACCAAAUGGCCGGCCAUGUAAACGACGGAAAAAAUAUCGGUAUGCUAAAGGAAGGGGAUACCGUUUUAAAACCGAUGGUAAAACGAGAAUGCGGCGAAAGGGAACUGUGGUUUUACGAAAAUCUCUCAAAAACAUUAGAUAAAACAAUGUUAGAAUUAAAAAAUUUUGUGCCAAAAUAUUACGGAACUAAAAGCGUUGCUGUGAAUGGUAAAUCGUACGAUUUUAUAGUGCUCGAAGAUCUGAUCAAAGAUUUCAAAGAACCCUGUAUAAUGGAUAUCAAAAUCGGUAGGAGAACGUGGGAUCCAAAGGCCUCCUACGAAAAAAUUUGUUCGGAAGAGAGAAAAUAUGAAGACUGUAAAAGACAGCUGGGAUUCUGCAUUCCCGGUUUCCAAGUAUACCAAUUAUCCAAUAACCAAUUGAUUAAAUUCGAUAAAGAAUUUGGUAAAAGUCUCAAUAAAGAGCGAGCCGAAGACGCGAUAAGAACCUUCUUAAACAUCGAUGGUACUCGAGUCUGUCGCAGCCUCAUCGUCCAAUUUCUAGCUUCGUUAUGGCAAAUUCAAUAUUGGGCUCGCAAUCAAAGACAAUUCCGACUCUAUUCCUCAUCGAUUCUCCUAGUGUACGACGCUAGGAGAUUGAGAGAAAAGAUGAAGACCCGAGCAGCUACUCUGAAGUUACAAAGGAAAGGAAGUCUGUACCGUCCAAUGAGUUUGGCAGUAUUAAACAAAAACAACGAUUGUGAUAGGGUUCCUACUGGUUUCAGCGGACAGUUGACCAAAGAAGGACCGAUUCUAAAACCUCAAAGAUCAUCCUGCAAGACUGUCGAUUUGGAUGUACCGAGUUUCGUUUCAAACAACACCUGGCACAAAUCCAUACAUUCUCUAAAAAGAACGCACUCCUUUCAAAAUAAUUACGACAAAGACGUACAGAACAAAAAGCAGGAUUACACUUAUCUGUUGGACGAGCUCAACACCGAACAAAAAUCUGAAUGUUGGGCGGUAGCCAAGAUGAUCGAUUUCGCGCACGCUUUCCCUGCCGAAAAUUGUGAUAUAGAUAAGAAUUAUUUGGACGGCAUUGAAAAUUUGGUACGGUUCUUCGAAGAACUGCUCAUAGAAAGCGAUUGAUUGAGAUUUUUUUCAUUGGUCAUCACAUAUCGAGAUAUUUUUUUCCUCCAUUUGUACUUAUCACAAAUAUAACUGUGUAUUAUUUUUAUAAUAAUUUAUUAAAUCGCCAAUAAAGGUUUCCACGACAAUAUUUUGUUUUAUUUCGU